CGUUGGACAAAAUCAAAGUGAUCAAGAUGCUAUCGUAUUUGGUGAUCAUGUUUGCCGUGUGUUGGCUACCGAUCCGCGUGUUCUUUCUGGUGGUGAUCUUCAACAAGCAGAUGAUCGACUUCAAGACAACUCUCGAGUAUCACAUCUAUGUCUUCGCCUUUUUCGGCGCCCACUUCCUGGCGAUGUUCAACAGUUGUGUCAACCCUAUUGUCUACUGUUUUGUGAGCAAAAACUUUCGCGAUGACUUUUGGGAAAUUAUGGCCAAAACACGGCUCAAGAUAUUCCGCAAAACACCACAGAAUCCAUUGAAUCGAAAGCCCAUCGAAUCGACAGAACUUUAGAGCAAUUCCUCUAAACAUUAUCGC